CUUCGCGUUUUUCCACAGCUGGUCAGUUAAUUGUGUCCCUCCGCGGAGCCUGUAGAAACCCUUGCCAAAGUGUUAGCGGCGUUUGUGAAGGUCGUCAUUUGCAACUGUGAUCCAUCAUGUCUCUGGCUAAGCCAAUGAUGAGAGGCCUGCUGGCGAAGCGGCUCCGGUUUCACCUGCCGAUUGCAUUCGGUUUGUCUUUUGUUGCUGCGAUAGCAUUCAAGUACAUGGUGACAGAACCCCGGAAACAGGCCUACGCCGACUUCUACAAGCAGUACGACAGUGUCAAAGAGUUCAACGCCAUGCGUGAAGCCGGCAUCUUCCAGAGUGUUCGGCCCUCCGGAGAGUGAAUGAUGACCUUCAUUCCUGGUCUGAAGAUGGUUUCCUUUCACCUUGUUUGAUGUGUCAGAUAUGAACAUCAUUAUGCUGUUUGUCCUGCUAAAUAAAAUAAACAAGAAAUAGAGAUC